ACGCGAGCCGCGCAGCCUGCAAGGCUGUGAUUGGUCUGCUGGUCUGGUUACUACUUCCUGUCUGGAGUAUCACAUUUCCUGUUUUCAUACCGCCAUUUUUAAAAGCCAGAAGGCAAGGACGAUUUUCCAUUUCCGACAUCAAGAUGAAUCGACAGCAAGAGCUCUUGAGCGAGGCAGUGCGUCAAUACAAGCACUUGUACAACCCAUCGCUGGUGGGCUACAAAGACACACAGAAGUGCUCGAAUUCGUGGGAUGAGAUGGCAUCCAACAUGGGCAUGCCGGUCGGAGUGUGUGUCAACAAGUGGAAAAUCAUACGGGACAAAUAUGUCCGAGAGAAGAAGGCGAUGCAAAGCAGCAGUGGCGAUGCUGGGGGAAAGGGGGUUUCUCCCUGGUUUAUAUCGCUGUCGUGGUUGGGGGUGCACAUAAAACAUCGGGCGACCUGCUCAAACUACGACAAGCCCUCAACUGCCAGCAAUGCGUCAUCGCCAUCCACCUCGUCACCUGCAAACUUCCAGCCAUCCAUCUCAUCACAGGCAGCCUUCCUCCAGCCAUCCAUCUCAUCACAGGCAGCCUUCCUCCAGCCAUCCAUCUCAUCACAGGCAGCCUUCCUCCAGCCAUCCACCUCAUCACAGGCAGCGUUCCUCCAGCCAUCCAUCUCAUCACAGGCAGCCUUCCUCCAGCCAUCCAUCUCAUCACAGGCAGCCUCCCUCCAGCCAUCCACCUCGUCCUCAUCGGAAGCCUCCCUUGAGCCAUCCUCGCCAGAGGCCUUCUUUGAGGCAACAGCUCUUCCCCGGCCCAAUUUGCCAGCAUUCAGCCCAUCCACCCCUUCAGCCUCCAUGAUGUCACCAUCUCCUCCUUCCCACACAGGAAGGAAGAGGAAAAGAAGGGGGCAGCUGGAUGACUUCAUGAGUGAAAGGGUGGCAGAUUUGGAGGAGCGGAGGCAGACUGUGCUGUCACUUGAGAGCAUGGUUGCCCCUGAUGAGUAUGCGAGAUUUGGCCAGGUUGUGGGGGACCUGGCGAGGACUGCAUUACAGGAGAGUAGGCACCCUUUAAUGAUGAGGAUUUUGCAAUGUUUGAUUUCGGCACAGGGCGUAGAAAACUUAAGAGAAUGCCCCUAAGCACUAUGUAAAUAUUUGUUUUAUUCAUAAUUGGUUUGUUUUGUUCUGCACUCUUCUGAUACUUUUGUUCUCUUCUAUUGUUUGGAUUUUGCAUGUUUAUUUUAUUAUUUAUAGUUGUGAAUUUUGUACAGCACUGUUCUUAUACUUUUGUUCUCUUGUUUGGAUUUUGCUCAUUGUAUUUUUAUUAUUCAUAUUUUGUACUUACUGUUCUUGUACUUUGCACUCUUAUUUUACACUUGUAUAAAUAAAAUGGCAAAU